AUGAAGGGAUAUACUAACCUGGCUAAGCUACUUCGCAAAAAGGGAGCUAAUCCAGAUAUUCCGGAUAAGUCUAGAGAAACCACGCUUCAUUUAGCGGCAUUUGACGGGCAUGCCAAUGUGGCUAAGCUUCUUGUUAAGCAAGGUGCCGAUAUUGCCGCUAUAGACGCAGUGGAAAACAAGUAUACGGAUGUGGCUAAGCUUCUCCGUAAUCGAAGCGCUGAUGUUGCCACUGCAGACAGUUACGGCUUGACACCACUGAAGGCAGUUUCCCGUAAAGGAUAUACUGAGGUGGUUAAGCUGCUUCUUGAGAACGCAGUCGAUUCCAACAUUUUCGAUACUCACUGCGGAACACUGGCACCUUCGACCACUCAUGACAGACACGUUGAUGUGGCCAAGGCACUUGUUAGGAAAGGCGCUGGCGUUGCGGAUGUGGACCACUACGGAUUGAAGCCGCUGCAUGACAUCUUUGAAAGGGCAUCUCGAGUGGUUUUGCUACUUCUCAAGACCGGAGCUUACACUAAAGCUAAGGGUGCUUCCGGACGCGGUUCGCUAUUUCUACCAUUCGCAAAAGGUCACCUAGGAGUUAUAGAGCAACUCUUCUCCAUUAAAGGUGUGAAUCGACGCCAAUCUUUACGGCUACAUGGAAUGGGCAUGAGAAAGUUAAGGCGUGUUUGCUUAGCGUUAAAGGUGCUUACAUGGACUUCCAUGAUUCCUUCGGUCGGAGUCAACACCAAGAGUGGUAAUACUUAUAUCGCUCAAGCCAUGCUUAAAUUCGCUCGGGGAAGAGAUAUCCAAGUCGACGACGGUGACUUAGGCGUGGAGCCCAGCUUAAUAGACACAGACGGAUCGACGAGGUGGUGUGGUUUUCUCACUGAGCACCUCCGCGCGCUCGAAGUAAAUAAUCAUGGGUGGUAG